GAGAGCGGGUUCAGCUCCCCUCCCAUCCCUCCAUUCCCCCCUAUUCCCUCCACCCCUCCAUCUGUCCCUUCAUCCCCGCCCCUCCUGCUUCAGCCAUCCCCCCUUCCCUUGUGUGUGUUCUCUCUUCCUUUUCCUCUUUCAUUCUUCCUUACCCUCCGUUCAUCCGCUUCCCCCUUCUCUUUCUUUUGCUCUUACUCUCUUUCCCUUCCCCUCUUCCUCCAUUUCUUCCUUUCAUUCUUUUUUUUCCGUUCACUUAUUCUUACCCCUUAGCCGGCCCCCUCUCUAUGGCAGUACUGGUUCUCUGAGGAUGGUGAUGCUAUCUGCAAUGGAAAGCCCGAUGUGUUUGAUCCUAAUUUUCACCUCCUUGUCUGUGUGGAUUUCUGGAAUCCUAAUCCACCCACCCGCCCGUUGACUGGUCAACUCAUCAAUACGUCUGUCUAUUAAUGAGCCUCUCAAUCAAUCCACCAACCCACGGAUUGCCCAAUCAACCCAUCAAUACAUUGAUCGACUGAUCAACCAGUCAAUCCGUUUAUCAAUUAGCCCGUCAAUUGAUCAACAAUCCAUCUGCCACCAAAAAACGAUCGGCCCAUUGGCUGACAAAAUGAGCUAUCAAUAGUCAGCCCUCUCCCUCCCACACACUCAUCAAUUGGCCGAUGGACCCAUCAACCAUCAAUCCACCAAUUGACCUGCCAACUAAGUUAUCAACCAACCAAUUGACGGAUGGAACAGUUAACGAUCAACCAACCAACCAGUCAACCCAUCAGCAGACUAGUCAAGAACCAACCCACCAAUCGACCAGUCAGCCAACCAGUGAAACAGUCAACAAUCAACCAACCAGUUGGUCGGUGGAAUGGUCAACGAGCAACCAAUCAACUAGCCAAGCCAUCAACGGAAUAGUCAAGAAUCAAGCCACCAAUCGACCACUCAACCAACCAACCAGUUGACCAACCAAUCAAUCAAUCCACCGAUCAUCUCAGCAGUUGACCAAAUAACCCACCAAUCAGUCAGCAUCCCACUUCCUCUCCCUCAUUCCUCUCUCCCACUGGGAGAAGGAACUCCUGAACUGAAAGAAGAGACAGUUUGAUGUUGGUUUUGUGUGUAUCCGUCUCACACCCCAUCUGGACUCUGGGCUCACAAGAGAUGGACUCGGACAAGAGCAAUGCCCAGACUCUGGUGACGCAAUGGAGGGACGGGGCCCGUCCACUGGGGAAGAUUUUGCUGCCCCCCGAGCCGACCCUGCAGGGGGAGCCCCGGACCCAGGAUCCAAUGGGCCGGGGGUGACAGAGCCAGCCCCCACGCUCAGCUCCCCCUGCCGCUUCUUCUUGGCGGGCAGUUGCCGCUUCGGCGCCCGCUGCCGGAACCUCCACCCCGGCGCCCUGCCCGGCACCCCCCAGCCGCCCCCCGAGCCCCGCAGCAAGGAGCCCCGCAGCAAGAAGCCCCCCAUGAAGACAGCAGGGGACGUCAUCUCCCGCAUCCUCUGGGACCGCCAGCUGCCGCCCGGCGACUUCACCGUGGGGCACCUGGACCGCUUCUCCGGCGUGCGGGAAGACGCCUUCACGGCCUUCUGCUGGGAGGACCUGGCCUCGGUCGGGCCGGAGGUGCUGGCCAUACCCCAGCACAGGAUCCAGUACUUCAAAUACCGCGGCCGCGUGGUGUGGGACAAAGCCAGCCGGCUGGACGACGUCUUCGGCUCCACCGGGGGUGGCCGGACCAUCCUGGAGGUGAUGGAGGAAGAGGCCGGGCGCCAGCAGGCCGUGGGAAGGGGGGACGGCGGAGCCGGGGUGCCGGAGGCGGCUGUUGCUCUGGAGAGCGAAGAGAAGGAGGAAGAUGAUGAAGCUGAGCCAGGAGCUCAGAGCCACCCCCCAGCAGGCCCCCGCCCCACCCAUUUCGUGGCCGUGCGCAUCACCAGCCCGGAGCUGCGGGGCUCGGUGGCCCGGCUCCAGGAGGCCCUAAGCCAGGCCGACCCCGCCUUGGCCGAGUUCUGCGCCCCACUGGCUACCCUCCACCUCACCCUCUGCCUCCUCCGGCUGCACGGCGCCGGCGAGAUGCAGUCGGCCGUCACCGCCCUGCGGGAGCUGCAGGCCGAGCACCGGCGCCUCCUGCCACCCGCCCCGCUCCUGCGCUUCCGGGGCCUGGCCACCUUCCAGCGCCGGGUGCUGUACGCCGCUGCUGCGCCCGGCCCGGAGCUGGUGGGGCUGGCCCACGCCCUGGAGCGGGGCUUUGCCUGCAAGGGGCUGACCGUCGUCCCGCUCCUAGCCCACGAUUGUUUCCAUCUCACUGUGGCCAAGAUCCCGGUGGGCGGGGAGCCGAGGCUGAGCCUGCCCCCGGAGUCCCCCAGGGAGGAGCUGGGGACCCAGGCCGUGGAAUCGCUGUGUCUGUGCCAGGUGGGUGGGGGCAGACGGACCGAUGGGUUUUACAGCACCCUCGUGGAGCUGGAUCUGUACUGAGGGGGCACCCCACGCCAGUUCCCAAAUCCCAGCUCAGAUCCUCUCACCUGGCGGGGUGGGGGGGGGGUGCUGGGAGCUAGGACGCCUGGGUUCUCUCCCCACUGCAGGGAGGGGAAUGGGGCUUAGUAGUUAUGGGGGCAGGCAGGGCUGGGCAUCAGGACUCCUGGGUUCUAGCCACAGCUCUGGCAAGGGAGCAGGGUUGAGUGGUUAGAGCAGGGAUAUAGGGAGCCAGGACUCCUGGGUUCUAGCCCCAGCUCUGGGAGAGGAGCAGGGUUGAGUGGUUAGAGCAGGGGCAUCUGGGAGCCAGGACUCCUGGGUUCUAGCCCCAAGCUCUGCUCCCCCAUUCACCUUGUCCCCCAUGCAUGUAAUCCCCUUCCCUGGCAUCUUCCACCUUUCCUGAACCCGGAGUCAUUCGCCCAAGCGGCAGCCGCCGGGGAGGGCUGAUGCAGGGCCCGGCUCAUUGUACAACCUGCCUGGGGUCUGUUCGUCCUGUGCCAGCUGCCUCUCCCCGUGGCAAUCCAGGGUGCCAGGCUCCUGUCACGCAAGCUCGGCUCCCGCAGGCAGAGGGUCCAGGCUGGGUCUGUUCCCCUCACCCCUGUGGGUUUGCCCAUGGAGCUGGGGAGAACUUGAUGCCCCACACUGCGGAUGUUUCUUUUUAAGCAAUUUUCUCUACAAUCAACAGCAGUUUUCACGGCUCCCUUCUACCCAAGCUGGUAACGGCCCAGGACAACCCGUACCAAGGAACUAACCCUGCUCAAGCAGCUCUCUCUUUGCCUCUUUCAAUUCAAAUUGCUGUAGCUAGAAAUGGUCUUUCAUGGGACACGUGCAGACGGCGAAACCGGCAUCCACCGCUGGGUCCCAAUGAAAACAUCUAACCCCUUCCAGGCUCUUGCUACAGAUACGAACAGGCAGAGCUGCAGGCUUUGCUGGUGCUAACAGCGGACUAGAUUAUCUGCUCUCGCUGGAGCGGGAAUUAAUUCACAGCAGGGGUCAGACUUGUCUUCUCCUGUUCAGACUCAAUGACGAACAACGAGGUAAGACGUAUAUAGACGCCUAAAGAUGCAGAGUCCAGCAGGAUUCACUGAACUAGUUUAGCACAAUGAGCGUGUGAUUAAAUUGGAAUGUUCUUAAUGUUUUCUCUGAAUACUGUGUGGGUGCCUCAGUUUCCCCUGUGCCUUUCUUAAGUAUCUAGGUGGUGGGAUAAGGGGGUGUGAUUGUUGCAGAGCCCUAGAGGGCAGGCC